AUAACGGUGAUCACGUAGCAUGGUUUGGUUUCAAAGUCACCCCAUUUCGUCUUUAAUCUCAGUUCGUCAAGACGAAAUAUGAUGUGUAAAUAGCUGAACAUUUUUCGAAUCGUUCAAGGCCUCUCGCUAUGCUUAAGUGUCUUGACGUCAUAAGGCGAUGAUAUAGCACAUCUACGGGUUUUAAACGAACAUUGGAAACGUGCUUUCUUCCUGCGCCGCUCACCAAGGUCUACUGUGUCAGAAGUUCUUGGCAGUGGCGCCUUUUAUGAUUCAGUUGGACCAAAUUACAAAUGGAGCCAAUGACAGGAAGCUCACCUGUUCUUAAAAAUGUUCACCUUUUGGUCCUACUUUUAUCGUUUGCAAUGAAUAUAAAUGGACAACAGAUAUGCGCUUCAUUACAACCCUGUCAAAAUUCUGGGAGUUGUUCCGAUACUCGAGGUACCUACGUGUGCCACUGUGUUGGAGAUUUCACUGGUCGAAACUGCUCAUCCCUUACAUUCACGGCAAGGAUUGGUGUCUCCCAGCUUGUGGAUCGCGAUCUUAUUCCACAUAUCACGGCCGUUUUUCCUCCAGAUUUAACUAAUUACAAUGCACAGAGGCAAUAUGGACCAGUUGCUAUAACAGUCGCAUCGAACACGCCAUUUCCGAAGACCUUUAAGUGGAGUUUGAAUGGCUCUGCCUUGAGACUGAAUCAGGAACCUACAUACGACCGCGUGUUGACAACAAGACAUGGAGAUUUGGGGAUUAGGUUUGGAAUUUUAUCUGAUGAAGGCGAUUAUCAGGUCUUCAUGUCGAACGCCUUUGGUACUAUGUUUAGUAAAAAAGUUGGCCUAAAAUUUUCAGUCGUUGGACCAUUUUCAAUCUAUCGUGUACGAAACGUCAGUAUGGUCGAGAAUGAAUCUUUUCGUCUUCCCUGUGGGUCGCUUUCGUACAAGUACCGUGUCAGCUACUCAUGGAGUACUCAGAGACCUGGGAUGUCACUCCUUCCCAUCAGCUCCUCGUUUAGACCGCGAAUACUCAUGGAACCAAACGGAGAUUUAUUAUUCUCCCCUGUCACAGCCAAUGAUGUGAAUCGUUUUAUGGCUUCUGGAGGUCGCCUAAAAUGUAGCGUAACAGAUCUUCAUAGAGCAAGAAACUUUAUAAGCCCGGAUAUAUUUUUGCACGUUAAAAGUUCAGCUUCACAAAAUACAAACCUUAAAUUUUACACCACACCGGCUGGUUCUUAUACGUUGGCCACUGGAGAUCAGUUUUACCUAAACUGUACCGCAGGAGGAAGUGAAACACCUGACAUUUCUUGGUACAAGGACAACGUACAGAUCGUGGCCACGGGGGAUCUGUUCCAGUAUAUGAAUUACAAUAGAACUUUACGACUGGGAUCACUUCGCUCAAGUUCACACAAUGGGAUCUACAAAUGUGUAGCCGGUAUCUCAGGGGCGAUUCUGCAAAAGACAACUACUCUAAAAGUCAUAGACAAAAUAGAACCGGUGUACGAUCAGGAAGUCCAUCCCUUCUAUGACAUAAGAGAAGGAAAACACGGCGGAACCGUGACGCUUUUCUGUAACACAACUGGAGACUUAAAGAGCAGUCCGACCUGGUAUUACAACGGAGAGAAACUUCAGCACAGCUUAAAGUUUUUGAACAGAUGGUCUGUUAGUUCCUCCUCUGGGAUACUGACCAUUCGUAACCUAAAAGUGAAGGACUUUGGCGUCUUCCAAUGCGUUGUGAAGAAUCCAGUCAGUGAGAAUUACAGGGUGUCGUACUUGGUUGUAACAGGAGCGCCUCUUCCUCCUGUGAAUGUGAAGACGACUAACUGUUCAAACUUUUCCACAAUCCUGACAUGGGAUGUCAGGCUUCUUUCUGAUCUCUUACCUCCCGAUCGUUUUAUCAUUGAAUGGUCCGCUAGAUAUGCGUCUUUAGAACAAUUUACACUCAUUCCUUUUACUAAACUGGCUGAAGUUCCCAGUUCUGUUCGUUCUUAUGCCGUGAACAAUCUCAAGCCAAACACAGAAGUUCAUUUUCGCAUCCGCGCUAAAAAUCAAAUCGGUGUUGGUUUUCCUGGCCUGUCCCUGGAGAAACCUCUUUGUAUCACUAGGAGCAAACGUCCUACUUUACAUCCCAAGAACUUGCAGAUUGUUCCUAGAAAAGUUAACGGAGAAUUGCAGAUGAAUUGGACGACUCUUGAUCCAUUAGAUUGGGGUGGAGCUGGUUGCAAGUAUAGAGUAUUUUAUCGUCCAAAUACUCCAAACGCUCCCUGGACGAAUAAAACUUCAUUUGAUAGAUGUGAUCUGAAUUUUAUUCUAGAGAGAGGAGUGUUAACCAAUCAAGAAUAUGAGGUUAGGAUUCGAACCGAGAACAUCGAGGGGCCUGGGCCGAUGAGUCCUUCCAUUUUCGGUCUGUCUGGACAGAACCGCCUCUUUGAACCACCAACUGAUAUAACUGUGGUUCGUGUUAACGCGAGUUCUGUUGAGAUCAAGUGGACUCCAUUCGUUCCCAAAUCUCCUCAGUCAGUGGAUGGUCACUACAUCUACAUCUGGCAGGGUCGUCGCACAUAUCGGCAGCCAAACGAAGAGUCGGUUGAAAUCCUGUUGAUCCCAGACUAUGCCAUAAGGGUGAAGGUCGUAGGAGGAAAUAUCGUCACGGGAGUGGUGUCAGGGCUCACUCCGUGGACCAACUACACCGUGGUGGUGCAAGGUUAUAACAGUGCAGGACUUGGCCCCCCUAGUGACGAGGUUGUUUUUGUAAGGACUUUGGAUUCACAGGAUUCCUAUUAUAUUUUGACGCUGAGAAUUACAAGUGAAAACUUCUCAGAGGACCUCAAAGAUCCAAUUUCCAGUCGAUUUAAGGCUUUGAAAGAGAAUGUGACGAGAGAGAUUACGAAACUCUAUUCCAGACAUGGAUGGUUUAAGAGAGCUACUGUGCUGUCUUUCAGCCCGGGAAGCGUUCAGGCAGAAAUUCAGUUGGAAGCAGCGAGCCCCAAUAUGAGUUUUCUCCAACAAGUGGUGUCCCAAGCUGAUAAUCUUGGAAACUUCUCGUUGGACAGAAACAGAACAAAAUUACAAAGCCAAGCAGGCAUACAGAGCGUAACAAUACGAGCUUCACAUUUGAUGGUGAACGUGACCGGCAGAUUUGUCAUUAACUGCACCGUGAUUGGCGGUCCUCCCGACCUUCAGAUCACGUGGUCUAAAGGAGGAAAUAUCAUUGGUUUGAGUCACCGCACAAAAGUUGAGACUAACAGGGGCUAUUCCCGCCUCACCGUUAGAGAUGCUAUGGCUUCUGACGAAGGAGUCUAUGUCUGCCAAGCAGGUAAAGGAAGCCAGAUUGGUACAGCAAACGUAUCAGUUCAGGUUGUUCCUGUACUUAGAAUAUCACCGCGAGCAGUCUCUGAGUUCGUUGGUGGUAAGGCAUCGUUUUCCUGCAGAGUGGUCAGCGGCGUCAGGCAAGGAGCAAGCGUAGUUGUAGUUGAAGUGACAUCAGAAGGAUUAGAAUUCCUCAAUGAUCGACCGAGUUACACAGCAACCAAUUUAGAAAUCCCAGACGGAGGGGAGAGUUAUGUUAGAAAAUUUGUCUGUGUGAUGCGGUCACAGGAAGGAUCUGUGCUGGCUAUGAGUGAAAUGGCUGAGCUGAUUAUUAUAAAACCAGACGUACCAAGGUGUCGAGAAGAGUGGCUUAAAGGAGUCCUGUGGUCAGCCACAGCUGCAGAACAAACUGACAUCAAACCUUGUCCACCAGGAGCCAGGGGGAAAGUAUCGCGUUUUUGUGCUGUGAAUGGGAAGUGGGAAAACGCAAACUUCGUAGACUGCAGUUCACGUGAAUUUCUCCGACUGGGUGACGAGAUCGAAGCUGUUACGGAAGGUUUCCAGACAAACUUUACCGCGAAACAAAUUCUAUCAGAGCUACUAAACGUUACUCUACCAAACGUAAACAGCACGCAGAAAUCUCCUGAAAUCUUUGGUGGAGACUUGGUCAUCGCUGUGAAUGUACUUGUCAAAGUGGCUGAUUAUAAUGCUGAACAAGGCAACGUGAGUAACGAGGAGGAUGUCAAGAACUUCGUUCAAGUGGCGAGUAACUUGUUGGAACCAGUCAAUCGUGUAACUUGGCAGGAACUCGAGAAUUUGGGUGAUAGCCGGAGUAGAAUCUUAGUGAAAGCAGUUGAUGAUUACGGUCUGGGUGUGGCAGCGACAUUUACUGGAUCCUCAAAGUACACAAUCGUUCAGGCUACAAACGUGUUAGUCAGGAUCGACCGAGUACAAGGAAACAACCCGUUAAGAACUGAAGGCUUGAGUGUGAGCUACAAUCAAAGCUCCAUUCAUUUACCAGGCGAGGCAUUCAGCUCAUCCCCAGACUCCCGCGCCAUUACUUCAGUACUUCUCACGUUAAACGAUGUGUUACCGCUGGACAAAGAAACUAAGGACAAGAAACAAGCGGUCACCGCUAAUACCACCGUUGUAUCAUCCACUGUCUAUCCCAGGCCCCCAAAUGUAUUCAAGCAGCCGGUCAAGAUUGUUUUAGAGAACAAAAGGGUAAAUGUUCCUGCGGAAGUCGAUGUAAAAAGAAAGUGUGUUUUCUGGCGGCCUGGAGGUGGAGGCGUAUGGCAGACCAAUGGUUGUAGACUUGUUGCUGAAGAGUCUAACGUCAGUAUCACAACAUGUGAAUGUAAUCAUCUGACCGUCUUCGCCUCACUCAUGGAUCCUCACGAUGCACCUAUCGAACAAUCUCACAAGAAAGCAUUGGAAAUCAUUUCAAUCAUUGGUUGUUCCAUUUCUCUCCUUGCUGUUAUUGUUACUAUGGUCGUUACUGUGUUUUUCUGGAGAGCAGUAAAAAGCCCGAGGGCGAAAGUUCUGUUAAACCUGUGCGCUGCUAUCGCCAUUUGUUGCAUACUUGUGAUAGCAGAAGGUUCAGCGAGAAAUAACGAGACGGGCUGCACGAUAAUGGCCGCUUUACUGCAUUAUUUCCUGUUAGCAUUGUUUUGUUGGAUGUUGUGUGAGGGAGUGUUACUUUAUAUCCUGCUCGUCAAAGUCUUUGGAGGUGGAGCUGAUGACAAAGUCAAGUAUUUUUACUUGCUUGGAUGGGGUUUUCCAGCUGUUAUAGUCGCCAUAUCGCUAGGUGCUACUCAAGCUGUUGGGUACGGCUCGUCAGAGGCUUGCUGGCUUGAUGUAAAAAGUGGAGUCAUUUGGGCGUUUAUUGGGCCUGCAAUACUCAUUAUCUCGAUAAAUAUCGUAGUAUUUAUCCUGGUGAUUCGUCAAAUGAUGGGAACACGGCACAUUCAAAACAAGACGCAAUUCGAGAAGGUCAAAGCUGGUGUCAAGGCCUCCGCGGUCGUUCUUCCCCUGCUUGGAAUCGCGUGGUUGUUCGGUCUUCUCAGCAUAAGCUCGUCUACCAUUGCUUUCAAAUAUAUAUUCGUCAUUGCUAAUUCUCUUCAGGGACUGAUGAUAUUUAUAUUUCACUGCUUGUUAAACAAACAGAUCCAGGAUGCCGUCAAACGAAUACGAGACAAAAGCAGCACAGGCGCGUCAACGACUCCGAAAAAUAAACCUUCUCCUGUCCAAAACCCAAAAAACGCCAUAAAUCUUACCUCUAAUGCUAAAAAGAAGAGGUCAAACAAGGCACAAAAUGAUUAUGAAAUGGUUGAUAGUCUAAAAAGCCAGUCAGAUUCACCAUUACCAAGGAGAGACGCCAUCAAUGACAUGAGUAUCAGCGAGGAGCCUGAAAACCCAAAGGUGCCUUUACAAAAGCAGCCGCCACUUUACGACAAUAAAAAAAGCUCACCUCAUAUCACCUGUGCUCAGGAGAAAAACACACGGAGGGAUUCUGUCGAGGAAACCGCUGAACAAAAUACAUCUCCGGACUUCCUAGUAACAUACGGGACAAAAAGCGAAGGACUGACGCAAGGAGGAUCCACGACGGUACCCAGCAAUGAUGGCAUGUUAUGCUCAAUCGACGGAAUCACAAAUCACAUCUAUGAGAAACCACCUGGCUAUGAUGUUCCUCUUUUUCAUAAAACUCCUGAUGCUGAUAAGAUCCCAAACGAUGGAGUCCCGAGUCGCAUGUACGAAAAUUCGCCCAUCGGAAAUGCUUCCUCCGAAGAUAUAGACUCCAUGAUAACUCAGGAAGAUGUUGCUUGUGUUUUGGAGGAUGAACCUCCUCUUCAGGGUGCUGUGCAUCCAGAAUCGAAUGACAGAAUCAGAACUGUAAAGCAAGACGAGCCUAGAGAAGCCCCUGACGAUGUAAAGAAUGAUGAAGACUUUGACAGAAAAAUGGCUGAAAGACGAGCCAAAGUUGAUACCGUUCAAAAAGCAGCUGAUGAAUUUAGAUCCUCCUCUCAAAAGUUUUCAACUGAAACUCGGUCUUCUGGUAGCUUGUGGCGUAGAUUGCGACAAAAUAUUUUCAAGGACAGCUACAAAGCGAAAAAAACUGGAAUAUCGCCUGACCUGUCUGAUAACAGAAGAGAUGUUUACGACACUGUCGAAGACCAAGAGUUAGUAUAAUGUAAAUUAAAAAGGUGCCAUCGAGUAACUGAAACACAAACUGAUGCGGCAUUCAAGGCAUUCAACAUUUCAAAAUUCUUCUGCAAACUUUAAUUGCCAGCUUUCGCGUUGGCAACCAGAGAAAAAUUAACAUUUUAGUUUACCCGUUCAUUAAGUUUUAACAUACUGUCUCAGUAAAACAUAUGACGCAAGAUCGGUUCAAUGUCAAAUUGAUCUGAUCUCAGGAGCAGGCAAAAGAUUUGUAUUUAAAAAUCUCAACUGCAUCGAAUAACCUAUUUAUUUGAAAGCCCGCUAAGAGGCUAUUAAGUGUUUCAUUUUAUCAGUUUCAAACAGUUACUCAUUUAUGCCAUUUUUUUAAAACAAGAUAGGAACGACAGCAUAAAGCUGGCAAAAAUUUGUAAAUCUAUAUAUUUAUGAUAAGACUUUUUAAUAUGUAAUUCACUUGUAUUGCAAAAGAAUCCCUUAAACGAAUCCCUUGUACGAACUUGAUAGGAUUUCAACAUGCUUUAGUUUAAACGAAAUGUAGGAGUAAGAUUUAAAAACUCUAGAAACCCUGUUCUAUUUUUCUUAACAAACAAAAGAAAGUUUGUUCCUUUUUUUUUCCAAUAGGUCCAUAUUUAUCCAUUGAAACUCAGAUUUUUUUAAGAGGCCAGUAGGUAUUAUGAGUCUGUGGUGGGAGUCAGUGAGUCAGACUAACUUAAUGCUUAUUUUUACGUAUUUAAUAUAUAUUUAUUAUCUUCCUUAUUGUAAGGCAAAUAACUUAUCGCAUACAUUAUGUGACAUUUUCUUCCCUAUUCAGAUUUAUGCCCAGAUCUGUUAAAAACAGUUUUAAAAUCAUACCUAUGAGACAUGAAUAAACUCUGA